CAAACCCUAACUUCAUCGUAUUUCAUUAUUACCAUCAUCUCUCCCGAGCUCUAAAAAUGGCUGCCAAACGUUUUUUUGAUGAAUCGGGUUCUGACCCAGAUCAACCAACCGACAAGCGGUUACGAACUAGACCUUCUUUUGCUUCAGUAAUUGGAGAAGCGGUUAUGGUGAAUUCUUUACAAAAAUUCUGUUUGGCCUUAGAGCCAAUGAUUAGGAGAGUGGUGAAUGAAGAAGUGGAGAGUAGUCUAAAACGGUUGUCAUCCUGCAAAUUCACUCGAUCUCCUUCACUGCGAAUCCAAGCACCGGAGCCUUCACCAUCACGCCUACAAUUAAUCUUUGGGAAAAAGCUUCUAACUCCAAUAUUUACAGGAAGCAAAAUCGUUCACAUAGAUGGCACUUCCCUUCAAAUACUUCUAGUAGACAAAGAUGGUGGUCGAAUGAUUCCUACACCUCUCCCUUACCCAGUCAAAAUAGAAAUCGUUGUUCUUGACGGCGAUUUCCCUUUGGAGGAUAAAAGCACUUGGACCAGUGAAGAAUUUGACAACAAAAUUUUAAAGGAGAGAACAGGCAAAAGGCCUUUACUGGCCGGAGAUUGCUUAACGGUCACAUUAAGAGAUGCAACUGCACCAAUUGGAGAAAUUGAGUUUACUGAUAAUUCAAGUUGGAUUAGAGGCAGGAAGUUCAGGCUGGGUGCAAGAAUAGUUCAAGGUAGCUCUCAUGGUGUUCGAAUUCGCGAAGCGAUGACUGAAGCUUUCGUUGUGAAGGAUCAUCGCGGAGAGUUGUAUAAGAAGCAUUACCCACCAAUGUUGGAAGACGAAGUAUGGCGUCUUGAAAAGAUAGGAAAAGAUGGAGCUUUCCACAAAAAGCUAAAUUCUGAUGGCAUUAACACUGUCCAAGACUUCUUGAAAUUGUCCAUUGUCGACUCGCAAAAGCUCAGGAGGAUUUUAGGUGCUGGAAUGUCUGAGAAAAUAUGGGAAGCGACAAUAAAGCAUGCAAGGACAUGUGAGUUGGGAAACAAACAUUACAUUUUCCGGGGACAAAAUUGUACUGUUACAUUGAACCCAAUUUGUCAAGUUGUUAAUGCCAUUAUUGAUGGUCAUACCUACUCUACUAGGGAUCUUCCAACCAUUAACAGGGGUUACAUUGCAAGUUUGGUGAGACAAGCAUAUGCAAAUUGGAACUCAUUACAAGAGAUAGUUGGAGUAUCAAGUGAAAUGGCUUUGCUGACACUCGGUGAGCAAGCAGUGAAUGAGUACCCGAGUCACCAUCUUCAGGCCAUGAUAAAACCAAUUCACGAAAUUGGGUAUUCAAGUGAUGAUAGAUAUACUGACAUGGGGACCCAACUUAACACUAGUAGCACUGCGAAUAUGAUGGGAUACAACAACUGGCAUAAUAUGGCUGCACCAAUUAGUCCGACCAUCGGUUAUAGCAUAUCGGAGUCGUCGUCGGACGGUGAACUGACACCUCGGUCCUACAUUAAUCGCAACUGAUGCUUGUUAAACUCUUAACUGAAAUGUAAAUAGAAAUUAGGAGUUAUAAUUGCUCAGCUUGAGGUAGAUAAUAGUUUUUGAUUUUCCUACGAGUAUUCUAUACCCUUUUUAAUCUUAUUUUGGAGCUCGUAGUUGUCUUUUUUAUAAGUACUUUUUUCAUGGAUAGGAUUUCUAAUAUAGCAAAUAUGUUCGCUGAACUCCAGCGUGUUUUAUGACUUCAAUCGCCACUUGUGAGUGAGGUUAUUUAAUUGUUCGAUUGCUGUCAUUUUAAAUUAGUUAUUUUAGAUAUAUAAAUAUCAAAUUAGUCAAA